AGUCUGCUUCCUGGGCUCGCCCCUCCCGAGAGAGGGACGCCCGUCGCCCCCGACGGCGAGUCGCUGCCGCCCGCUGCUGCCUCGUCGUCGCCGACCACCUGCUGGUGGUGCUGCUCCGCGGCGGCCGCUGCCAUGACGGCCAAGUCGGGGGGACCGUGAAGGGCCCGCCGCUCCGCUGAGGAAUGGAUCCCAGGACCGCGCCUGCCUUCGGUCUGCUCGCGUCCACCCUCCUGGUGCUGACGCUGCCCACCGGCACUGAGCAAGGUCCCCACGAGCGCCGGUUGCUCAACGAACUGCUCGACAACUACAACACGCUGGAGAGGCCGGUCGCCAACGAGUCGGAGCCGCUCGAGGUCAAGUUCGGGCUGACCCUGCAGCAGAUAAUCGACGUGGACGAAAAGAAUCAGAUUGUGACGACGAACGCGUGGUUGAACCUGGAGUGGAACGACUACAACCUGCGGUGGAACGAGACCGAGUUCGGGGGCGUGAAGGACCUGCGAAUCACGCCCAACAAGAUCUGGCGCCCGGAUAUCCUCAUGUACAACAGCGCUGAUGAGGGUUUCGACGGGACAUACCACACCAACGUUGUGGUCAGACAUAACGGUAGCUGCUUGUACGUUCCACCGGGCAUCUUCAAGAGCACAUGCAAGAUAGACAUUACGUGGUUCCCCUUUGACGACCAGCACUGUGACAUGAAGUUUGGUAGCUGGACCUAUGAUGGCAACCAGCUCGACCUGGUCCUCAACUCGGAAGAAGGGGGCGACCUCUCCGACUUCAUCACCAAUGGGGAGUGGUACCUCCUAGGCAUGCCGGGCAGGAAGAACACUCUUACGUACUCGUGUUGCCCGGAGCCGUAUGUGGACGUGACCUUCACCAUCCAGAUCAGGCGCCGCACUCUCUACUACUUCUUCAACCUGAUAGUGCCCUGUGUGCUCAUCUCGUCCAUGGCGCUGCUGGGCUUCACGCUGCCUCCCGACUCGGGCGAGAAGCUCACGCUAGGGGUCACCAUACUCCUUUCAUUAACAGUUUUUCUCAACCUUGUGGCCGAAAAGAUGCCCUCUACUUCAGAUGCUGUCCCGUUAAUAGGGGUGACCAUCUUGCUGUCACUGACUGUCUUCCUGAAUCUCGUGGCAGAAACCCUCCCCCAAGUCUCCGACGCGAUCCCUCUGUUAGGUGUCACUAUUCUGCUGUCACUCACAGUUUUCUCUCUCCUGGUGGCGGAAUUGUUGCCUCAGACUUCAGAUGCUGUUCCCUUGAUAGGCACGUACUUCAACUGCAUCAUGUUCAUGGUGGCCUCCUCCGUGGUGCUGACCGUGGUCGUGCUCAACUACCACCACCGGACGGCGGACAUCCACGAGAUGCCCCAGUGGAUCAAGAGCGUGUUCCUCCAGUGGCUGCCGUGGUUCCUGGGCAUGAGCCGGCCCGGCAAGAAGAUCACCCGCAAGACAAUCAUGAUGAGCAACCGCAUGAAGGAGCUGGAGCUGAAGGAGCGCUCCUCCAAGAGCCUGCUGGCCAACGUGCUGGACAUAGACGAUGACUUCCGGCACUGCGCGGGCGCCAACAGCGCCGCCGCCUUCCUGCGCGGCGCCGCGACGACGCUCGACGACUCGGGCUGCUCGUCGGCGCACCGCGAGCUGCAGGCCAUCCUGCGCGAGCUCCAGUUCAUCACGGGGCGCAUGCGCAAGGAGGACGAGGAGGCAGAGCUCAUCAGCGACUGGAAGUUCGCCGCCAUGGUCGUCGACCGGUUCUGCCUCAUCGUCUUCACCAUGUUCACCGUGAUCGCCACGGUGGCCGUGCUGCUGUCCGCACCGCACAUCAUCGUCCAGUAAAGGCAGCCUCUGCUCCGUCGGGCGUCGGAUGCCCUCGCAACACGCCUCGCCAUCGGGCACAGCGGAGAGUGCCAGAGCCUUGGUAGCCACGUGCUGUGCAGACCGCGUGACGCCGUAGGCACGUCCUCACGACACUAGUGUAUCCUUGGCAAGUCCACGUUUCAAGUUGACUAUGUUGAAUCCACCAGCACAGUACCAAACCAUGCGCCUCAGACUCACCACACACUAACUUCACUUCUUUCCUCAACUUGAUUUGCAGAGCAGAGCAGAGCAGAGCAGAGCAUAGCAUAGCCGAGCAGAGCUUGGUACGUCAUAAGUAAUGCAGCCUGAAACAUCACAUAAAACACGGAAUGUUAUGCAUGCAUGUUACGAAACUCACAACUAGUUCUUCGGUUUUAUAUUUUGGACCAAAACACACACAUUCUGUUUCAUUUGUUAACCUCUUCUAAUUUAAUGUUUACCUUGGAUUGAAGGUACCACGGUCGUUCUCAGAAAUAAUACUGCUCAAAUCUGUAAUCAAUAAAGUGGAAACAUUUCCUUGCCGAUGUCUGUUCAUCGUGAGUGCAAGCUGCUGUCUUCGCCGCACACGACCGUGGACAGUUCUAGAGGAGCAAGCGGAGGUGCAGAGGAUAUUCAGGCGCUCUGAAUGAUACCAUCUCUUCUGUCCCCUUGAAGAAGCCUACGUGACCGUGAGCAUGCAGUGUUAUCGGGUGAACGUGCCUCGUGACAUGGCUUGUGAAGAGAGGUCGCGUGAAGCCAUUUUCUGUGAUAUUGUUAUGUAUUCGAAUUGGGCUUCUUGUUGCAUACAGUCGCGGAUAAAUUUUUAUAAUGAACCUUAGCGGAACUUAAGUGAAUUGAAAACUUUUAACUGUAAACUUACAUUCGAGUGAUCUCAGCUUCUUUUGAACUAGUGUUAAUUAUAACAUGUGUAAAGACCAUUUUACAUUGUGUCUUAAUGUGAUGCAAUGAAAUUGUUGUGUUUGGAGAUUUUUGGCAGAAAAUUUUGUGGUUAAUAUGAAAAGUUCGAAUACACAAUUUUUCAACAUCACAACUACCAGUUUUUUUAUAAUUAUCAUCUUACCAUUGCAAUAUCUAUUUAAGUUUUUAUUCAAAGAUACAAUCUUUUUCGAAAACCAAAUAGGUAUGUAUAAUUCGUCUGAAUUAUUUAUGACCGUUUUCUUACCUACAAUAAGAUUUUAAUGUCUUGACGUUAUUCUAAAAUAUUACGGAAAUUAACUUAAUAGAAAACAUGUAUUUAUAAUUUCCUAGUAUUAUCAGGUUAGUCAUAAAAAAAUUUUUAUAAAUUUUAAUUUUGUAAAAUUAUCUGUUGGAUGCUAUCAAAGAUAUAAUGCACCUUGUGUGUGAUUAAUGACUAAACACACUUGGUUUACCAUUAAUUGCUUUAGGUAUACUAACACAAUAAUGAUUUGUAAGUUUUCUGAUAAAGGGCAUUGCACGAAAAUUAUUUUUUACAAUGGCUCAAUUCCAUAUAACAUAAAGCUUCCAACAGUUAUAGCUUCAAUCCUAUUGUUAUAUCAGUGUUUUCAAUUACACUGAAAGCUAAUUGAUCAUUGAAUACAAAUUGUGACUAUAUUUAGUAAGUAUGAGUGGCAAAUUACAAAUGGCAGUUAUGUCUGUUUAGAAUGAAAAUGUAUGAUUGUCACAAUUUUGGUGUUUGGUGAAAUAAUUGUGCAAGAAUUUUGAUAUUUAUGUAAAAAAAAACCAUACAAAAUAUUGUUAUCUCCCUAAAAUGGGUACAGUUACAUGGUUGUAGAACUAGUUCCAAUUAUUUACCAAAAUUGUAAACAAAAUGUGACGAAAUGUUAUUUUGAUGAUCUGGAAAAUAAACAGUACAUCAUUGUCUUGUUCUGUUUGGUCAUAAAA